AUGUGCGAUACUGCUAGGGCGUACCCCCGAGGCGACGCGCAGGAGCAGCACCCGGCGCCUGUGGGAAAUGGACAAGGGUUGUUGCAUCAGGGACGGGUGCGACGUAAGAAGCGAGUCCGAGAAGUAAGAAUGAGAAUGAGUAGUUGGAAUGUAGGAACGAUGAAUGGAAGAGGAAGAGAGUUAGCAGAUGUAUUAGAAAGGAGAAGAAUAAAUGUUGCAUGUUUGCAAGAAACGAGGUGGAAGGGUACGAAAGCGAGGGAAAUUGGGGCUGGAUAUAAAUUUUUCUAUAGUGGAAGUGAUGGUAGGAAAAAUGGUGUAGGAGUGGUGCUAGACAAAGAGUUGAAAAAAUGUGUGACGGAUGUACAAAGAGUGAACGACCGAAUUAUAGUUGUUAAGCUAGUUAUACAAAGCGUAGUUGCAAACAUAAUGAGUGUGUAUGCGCCGCAGGUAGGAUGUGAUGAUGAUAUGAAAGAGAAGUUUUGGAAGGAUUUUGAUGCUGUUAUGAUGGGUGUCCCCAAAAGCGAAGAAAUAUAUAUAGGAGGUGAUUUUAACAGUCACGUAGGAAAAUCGAAUGAAAGCUUUGAAAGAGUGCAUGGGAGCAGGGGUUUUGGGACUCGUAACCGGGAGGGAGAAACAUUACUGCAAUCGGCAUCUGCCUUUGACAUGGCCAUAGUAAAUACAUUUUUUGAGAAACGAGACCAGCAUUUAAUUACCUAUCAAAGUGGCAAAUACAGAUCACAAAUAGAUUAUUUCCUAAUUAGUAGGAAAAAUAUUAACGCAGUAAAAGACUGUAAAGUCAUACCGGGUGAACCAUUGGCAUCCCAACACAGACUUUUGCUAGUGGAAAUAAACCUAAAGUUUAAAACCGCUAAGCCCAAGCCUAAAACCCUCCCUAAAAUAAAAUGGUACAUGAUAGAAAAAGAGGAAUGUGCGAAAAAGUUUCAGAGACAAGUGGUAGAUAAAAUGAUCGAGAUGGAUGGUGAUUUUCAAAAGAAAUCAGUGAAUGAGUGCUGGAAUGAAAUGGCUUCAUGUAUGAGGAGAGUCGCAAGGAAUGUUUUUGGUGAGACAAAAAAAUAA